AUGCGGAUUGACUAUACAGGAACAGAGCCUUCUAGUCCCUGCAACAAAUGUUUAAAUGUGUCCUGGGACAGCACACCACCUUGUACUUGCACCAUCAAUUUUACACUGGAACAUUCAUUUGAGAGUAAUGUAUUCAUGUAUUAUGGACUUUCCAACUUCUAUCAAAACCAUCGUCGUUAUGUGAAAUCUCGAGAUGAUAGCCAGCUAAACGGAGACAACAGUUCACUACUUAAUCCAAGUAAGGAAUGUGAGCCUUACCGCACAAAUGAAGACAAACCCAUUGCUCCUUGUGGAGCUAUUGCCAACAGCAUGUUUAAUGAUACAUUGAAAUUAUACCGCAUUGACAAUGACACAAGGAUUCCUAUUACUUUGAUUAAAAAAGGCAUUGCAUGGUGGACAGAUAAAAAUGUAAAGUUCAGGAAUCCUACAGGAGAUGGAAAUAACUUAACUGCACUCUUCCAAGGCACAACAAAACCUGUAAACUGGCCCAAGCCAGUAUAUAUGCUGGACUCAGAGCCUGACAACAAUGGCUUUAUCAAUGAAGACUUCAUUGUGUGGAUGCGUACUGCUGCUCUGCCAACCUUUCGCAAGCUGUAUCGUCUCAUUGAAAGGAAGAAUAACUUACAGCCUACCUUACAGGCUGGAAAAUACUCUUUGGAUAUUGCAUACAAUUAUCCUGUACACAGUUUUGAUGGACGAAAAAGAAUGAUCCUGAGCACCAUCUCGUGGAUGGGAGGCAAAAAUCCUUUUCUGGGAAUUGCUUACAUCACUGUUGGGUCCAUAUGCUUCUUCUUAGGAGUUGUAUUGCUGAUCAUCCAUCACAAAUAUGGAAAUCGAAACACUAGUGCAGACAUUCCCAAUUAAUCUUGCAUUCUGACAACAAAUGUACUGCAUGUGCAUCAAGGCCAGUCCAGAACGGACCCAGUUUUUGAAAGAUAAGUCUCUGCUUCUGUCACUUCUGAGACUGGGUACUCAAUUUUUAUCUAAAGCUCCCCUUUCCCGUACUGUGGAUUAACUCUUGAAAAUGACGGGUAUACAAUUAGCUAUAUUGAUUGUAUCUCUGCCGAUGUCAGAAACAAUUUUUCUGAUACUUGCCUCUAACUGGGCAGGCCACACGAUGCAUAUAGCUCCUGUUCCCUUGAUGCAUCUGCUGCUUGUUCAUGUGCUGUGUAAUGUCUGUAUGAUUCAGUACAUAGAGAUUGUGUGGAGAAAGACUGCUAUAAGAUAAUGUAAAUGGUUAACUUUCCGGAAUUCAGGUGUCAGUGCUGUUGAAAGGAAAAGUCAAGUCUUAAAUGUUUUUUCAAUUUACUGUCUUGUGUGCAUGGGCUCUUACAUUUCUUGCUGAGAUUUUAAUAUAUUUAUAUAAGUUGUUAAAUAUUUUUCCUGUGUCCUACCCACCUCUGUUAGGUUAAAUCCUUUAAGUGCUGUGUAAA